UAGCUGGAUAGUCAUGGACCAAGCUCUGAGGGCUCCUGCUCCCAGGACAGCCUCUUGCCAGGUCAACUGUGUUUUAUUGUUCUCUCCUGACCCCUCCUGCUGACGUCGUUGACAAAGCUGCCAGCCACAGCCCUGCCCCCUGAAUGUUCUCUGGACCAUCCUUAUGGUUUUCUUUUCUCAAUCAGUCACUUGAAGCAAGCACCAUCAGCGCCUGACACACAGCAAAGCUCACCGCUUCUAGGAUCCUAAGCCAGACACGAGGUCAUGUUCACCACCUGUGAAGAAUUAAAAUCUGGCUGACAAGGGAAGACGUUUUGGCUGCUGGGCAGAGCCGGGCUGCUGGAAGAGUUAGGGUUCUGUCCGGUUCCUGGGAGGCCUGAAGAGCAAGCCGCCGGGACUAGCGGAGAGCGGAAGAUGGGCAGCAAUGACAGCGAAUGUAAUUAUGAAAAGAAGUUUUAAAACUACAGAUCCUAAAACCCAGGAAGGCAGGCACCCACUACCCCCACUCCUGUAACAGAGAAAACAAAUUCCCACUUUGUAAUUGCAUCUGGUCAACGGGAAGCUCUAGUUUUGUGGGGAGAGAGCUGCAUCCAACCCUUCCUAAAUCAUCACCCAGAGGCGCCCGCUGACUGACAGGGACGGUCUUCCUGGCUGGCAGAGGAUGCAGGGGAGUAAGAAGUGCACGGACGGCUUCAGCGACUCCUCGAGCAUUGGCAGCGUGCUGGACGAUGCAGACAGGGAGGUGAGUAGCCUCACGGACCGGGCGUUCCGGAGCCUGUGCAUCUCAGAGGACGCAUCCUUCCAUGACUCCGACCUGGCCCUGUCCCCAGAUAUCACCCGCCAGGUGUUCGGGAAUUUUCACCAGAGAACGGUGAGCCAUACCCACAGGAAAAGCGGCAUUUGGAGCCAGUUACCAUCCCAAGGCACGGAGCAUGCCGGCUGGGCGGCCACGUUCCAACAGCUGCCCAAGUACGUUCAAGGGGAGGAGAAGUAUCCCAAGAGCAGCCCCCCACUGACACCAGCCCAGAGGAGACUGGAAGUGCCAGUUUCCGGCCUGAGGAGCAGCAACAAGCCUGUUUCCAAAGUGUCGUCACUGAUUAAAUCUUUUGACAGGACCGAAAGCCAGCGUUGUGACAGCAGGCCUCCUACCAGCAAGCCUCCAGCUCUCAAAAAUCCCCCCAAAUUUGCUCCUCUUCCAGAAAGCAGUGUCAACUUCUGCUUCGAUUCUGCCUUUUUGACGGUCAGGAGGGUGCCUGCCGAAGUCUCCAGCACCCAUAAGACUAGCCACCAGCCUGGCAGGAAGCACGGAGAGCAGGAGUCCCCCAAGAAUCCUGAAAUGGCCUGUCAUGGCCCCAACAGCUUCCUCCCAACGCCCGAAAACGCGGCCAACUCAUUUGAGUCAAAGUUCCCCUCUCCGGCCCACAAGGCAGACACCAGCGAGACUGGAAGGGGCCAGGAGUGGGCUCGCAAAGGGACCUUUCUUCAUAGUGAAAACAGUGCUUUUGAGUCAUGGAACGCCCACCAACCCAGGCUGCCCGAGAGGAAGGAUGCCGCUGACACAGUCGCAGAAAGCAAGGCUCCCAAACAUUACGAGGACUCGCCCUUGUUAAGAGAGCCCCCGGCCUGUGAGCACAAAGCCUCCCCCCGCCACAUCCGGGCCGGCUGCGGUCAGGAAGAGAACAGGCUGGCCGCAGGGACUCUCUCCACAUCUGGAACCUGGGGAUCUAGGGAUCUGGGAGCCCAGGUAUCUGCUACGGAGGGAAAAGCUUCCAGCUCACAGCCUGAGCCUCCAUUGAAACCGACCCAUGCCCCCUGGAGGAAACCAAAGUCUGGCAAGGGAGGGAAAGAAAGUCUACAAGAUGCUUCAGAAGAGAAGAAGCAGACCAACUGGAGAGGUCCAGCCUUGUAUGCAAAGCACGAUCCCCAGGGGCAAUUUCCAGAAAAGGAUGCUCUUGACAUGCCUGUGGACCCCCAUGAGCAUUACGAUCCUCCUUUCAACAUCAGUAAGCUUCUGACCCCCGUCAUACCCAGCAAGCAUGUGCUGGAGUCAUGCCACAGCCAGCCAGCAGAGAUAACCCCGUCACCCACAGGACAGCUAAACGGAUACCAAGAGAAGGAGCCCAGUGAAUGUCAGUCCCGGGACAGUUACAAAUCCAAAGCCCCCAGCCUGCUGUUCAACCUCAAAGAUGUGCGGAAGCGUGUGAAGAGCACGUACAGUCCCUCGCCUCUCUUGAAAGGCCCUGAUGAGAAAACCAGAGGCAAGCAAGAAUCCCUGAGCAACGGCGGCCUCCUUCCCAACGGGCUCGAGGAAGGCCCUCCAGAUGAGCUUUCUAAGGAGACACCCGCUGAUGCCCCUCCUGUGUCACUCAUCAGUACCCAGAAGGACCCCAAAGCUGACCCCGGUGCAGCCUCUGCAGACAACUACCUAACUCUCACCUCACCAUCACCUAACACCAAAGCCCCCUUCUGUGUCAACGGCGAGGCCGACGACAGGAACAGCUAUGGGAAGGACGAUGCCAAUGGAGAAUCGGAGAUGGGUGGUGCCAGGCCCAGCUGGCGUCCAGACUCCAGGGAGCACUGCCCCAGGAAACAUCUGUCCCUGAAGUUUUGCAGUGGAGACCCUGAGGCAGGGAAGGCUGCGGAGACCCCAAAGACCUCCGGCCUAGAGAAUGGAUUCUUGAGAUCCGUCUCUCAAGAUACAGAACGCGAGAGAGAGGCAAGACUUCAGAAUCCAAACUUCAACCAGAAAUUCUCCCCAGGGCCCCUUUCUCCCGAGGAGGAAGAUGUGUUUUACAGCGACAGCCAGUCUGAUUUUAUGCCAGCCCUCAAAAGUAAGGCCAAAUUCAGCACCAGCUCUUCAGAUCAGUCCUUUGCCUCGUUCGAGGAUCAGCAGAAGACGUGGUUCGCCGAGAGCCACCAGGAAGACAGGAGGAGUGACAUGAGUGUAGGUGACGGUCAGAAGGAUGAGAAGGAGAAAGUGAUGGAGGAAGGUGAAUUACAAUACUGCACCUUGAGUAAUGGGCACGCAUGCGUGGAGGAGCACAGCAAGCGGGAAUCCUCGCAAGGAGAAGAGGAAAGUUCGCCAGAAGGUAGCCCCGGGGACCCCGGGAAGGCGCCGAGGGAGGAAGCUAAUUUCAGAGGCACUGGCAUUGGGGGAAGUAAGGAUACAGCUCUUUCAGAUGCCAAAGACCUAAUCCCUUCCCCAUGUUCCACUUCAAACAAGCACACACUCUUUGCAGUUAAAGACAACACCCUCAGGGCCACCCCCAUGAUAAAACCCAUCAUGCUGCCCCUCCUGAGAUCCAUGUCCUCAGAGUCCCUGCUGGGCAAUGGCCACAAAGAGGAGGAACUGCCAAGGCCAGGCUGGGGCAGGGAUGCUGGUCUUUGUGCCCCCGAGAGCCAGGAAAUGCCCAGCACUCUGACACCCGCCAGCGUGCAAGGCACACACUUGAAGGGGGCGGCCUGUGAGGAUAUGGAGGACCAUGGGUGGGGUCCCAGCGCAGCCAGGUCAGAGACCUCCCAGGCAGCCCCAAAGGGGUAUGUCCCAUUUCCUCCACUCACAGGAGAGGGCCAAGGGUUGAAGCCACCCCGAGAGGCCAUACAUAAAGUCGUGGCAAACAAUGGCAAGAGCAGUUCCAUAGACCAGGGGAAGCUGGAUGCUCCAAGGUGCAUCCCCACGAUUGCUUUGCCAGAAGGCGACCUAGAAGACCAGCCACCCCUACAGAAGCUUGGAACGUGUUGGGAAGAGCAGGUGCAAGGCUUCAAAAGUCACUUUUUGUCUACACCCAGAGCACGGCCCCCGGGGAGAAGACUGGUCCCUGGUGAGCUAGCAGCUUCCCCCAACGCCAGCUCCCUGGAAGAGAACAGUGCAUGCUCCCCUGCCACCAGCAGCAUUUGGGGUGAUGCUUACCAGGCCCCCAGUGAGCCCAGCCUGCUGCCAGGGGAGCCUCCCCGCAGCAGCCCCUGGGCCAGCCCCCGCCCUGGCAGGGUGGCCCAGAGGGAGGACCUGACACAUGCCCUCACGUGGGGGCCUGGCUCCGACCCCCAACUGGAGCCAUCAGCAGAAGACCUCAGGACACUUUCUCCAAGAGGCUCGUUGUUGGACGUGGCCACCAGCUCAGCUGGCCUCCUGGAGAAGCCAGAGCCUCCUGCUCAGCUGGAGAGGGCGGCUGGCAAGCCACCAGCAGUCCCACCCAAAACAGAGAAGGCCCUGCGGCGGGCGAAGAAGCUGGCAAGCAAGAGGAGAAAGACCGACCAGCCACAGGAAAAGCAUGGUGAACGCCGGGAGGAAAAGCAUGGUGAACGCCGGGAGGAAAAGCUGUAUCCCGAGGACUCGGAGCAUAGGCCACCGUCCCCCGGAGAGAAGCCCCCAGCCAGGUUCCCCAUGGUCCGUUCCCUGCCCCCUCCCGUGCGCCGCCACUCGGUGUCCGCCUUCUCAGAGCCGAUCCGGAGGCAGCCUGGGGGGUCCCAGUCCCUUACACCCCUGUCCCCUUACCCUGCCACCCAGAAGGUCCUCCAAGACCCCCAAUCUGGAGAGUACUUUGUCUUCGAUCUGCCGCUCCAGGUGAAAAUCAAGACCUUCUAUGACCCAGAGACGGGCAAAUACGUCAAGGUCUCCAUCCCAUCCUCUGAGGGGGGUUCCCCUGAGCCAAGCCCGCCGGAUGCCCUUGCUGCUCCCUACGUGCUGUACCCGGGCUUCCGGCCCCUGCCCGUGACAGCCUUGAUGCCCCUGCGCUGCUCCUCUCAGCUCUCUGCCCCCACCUUCCUAAGGCAGCACCCUCACACCGCCGAGGCAGCUGGCCCCAGGCCCCAGAGCGCCCAAGAUGCUGGCCUGCAGCUGGCCUCUGAGCCUCCCAGUGACCCCACCCAGCACUCCGAGGGGCGCCCCCAGAGCCCAGGGGAGGAGGUGGGAGAUGCUCCAAGCCUGGAUAUCAUCUCCACUAACGACCUAGAGGACUUUGCCAUGGAAGGCAUUUCUUGAGAAUCACAGCAGCCUAACCCACCCCCCGAUAAACCCAGAAGAGCUUACUUCUCCCUCCCCCAGAACAAUCAAACACACACACACACACACACACACACACACACACACACA